UCAUAAUUCAUUUGUAGCUGCUACAGAUACACCUUUUUCCCCGUGUAAACUACUAACUGCUGGCUACUGUACUGUACCACUACUAGUACUGCUGUCUGCUGCUGCCUUGCCUUGGCGUUGGCCUUCCCCUGGGCACCUUCCCCUCUUCCUCCUCUUCUCCCUCCCUCCCCACAUGGGCCUCUGCUCGCCCAUGGCGUGGUGCCAAAAUGGCAGUCAGGCUCCGUGCUUUCCCGCCGCUCUAGGGGCUGUUUCUCGUGGGUUUCGGAGGAGCGGCACCGCGCCUGAUUUGUGAUCUGUGCCGGGGGACAUUGCCGCCUGCUGCUGCUGCUGCUGGUGGUGGUGGUGGUCUGGGCUUGCUCUCGCUAUGAGCGUGCGGGAGAUGCGGCCUCUCGCUUCUGCGGUGGUGGUAGCGGUGGCUCUUCUCGCUUCGGCUCUUGGAUCCACAGGUAGUGAUCUGGCUUCUUCUCCGGCGGUUGCUAAUUCGCCUGCGGCUGAAGGACAAGCUCCUAGUCCUCCUCAACCUACAUUCGCUCUCGGUCCAAUAACUCUUCCAACAGCACCCCUUGCUCCAUCAGCAAGUCCUCCCCUCCAGAAGGGAGCUGUUAGCCCUGCAGUUCCCACCGAGCCGCAAAAUGCACCGGCUCCAGUUGUUCCCCCUGAAGAAUAUAAUGCCCCUCCUCCAGUUGAGUCUGUGCCUCCCACUAUCUCUGUUAAGGUGCCCCCGCCAGCAGCUCCUCCAAAAGCUGCAGUCGAAGAUCCCACACCAAUACUUCCUGGGUCACCUGCAUUGCUACCGUCAGUUCAGGCUCCUACUUCAUCUGUCCCAGUGAAGCCUAAUCUGCCCGUAGCACCUCCUCCCUCUGUUAACAAUCAUCCAAGUCCAGUUGGAUCAGGUACUGGUGUCCCUCCAUAUCCACCACCUAAAAGCAGUUCCCCAGCUGUUCCUCCUACUUCAGUUCCACGGGAACAUGUGAAUCCUCCGACUGCACCACCUAUUAUUGCGCAAGCACCACAACAACAGGCACUGGCUCCAAAUACUGAGCAUAAUAAUGUGCCUUCAUCAAAUACACCCCCUCCAAGUUACCAGAAUCAUGACAUUCUGCGUGCACCUCCUCCAAAGGAGCCUAGUACUGCCCCAGUUCACAAAUCACCCACUAGAGGGUUUGCACCUGCAGCUAGUCCUCUAUCCCGGAACAGAAAUAUGCCCGCAAUCCCCAAAAAUGCUUCGACAACUUCACAUGCUCAUCCUCCAUCGGUAGGAGUAGCUCCUAAACCAGCACCCAUUAGUAGAUCUCAUCCUCGUGGAUGGGUGCCAAAGAAAGGAGAAAAUCCAUCGACCGCACCGUCUUAUCCACCAUUGCAGGCUCAAGGUCCUGAGAUCUCUCGAGCUGGAGCUCCAAGACAGGUUGGGGCUAAAACGCAACACCAUCAUGCACCUCCACCGAUGUUUCGAGGCCAUCCAAACUUCCCUGUGCAUCCUCCAUCUACUUCACCGGCGUCACCAAGGGGGCACACUGUCACUAAAAGACCUCGUGUUUCUCCUACUCUUCCACCAAUCCCUCCCAAAGAGCCCAAGGCCCCAUCAACUCAUCCUAUUUGGGCAUUACCUCCACCACCACCUAACUUAGAUUGCAACUCGUUAUCAUGCUCAGAGCCUUUAACAGAUCCACCUGCGGGAGCCCCAUGUGCUUGUGUUCUACCAAUUAAAGUUGGAAUUCGUUUAAGUGUUGACCUUUAUUCAUUCUUUCCAUUGGUGUCGGAUUUUGCCGAAGAAGUGGGAUCUGGGUUAAACAUGGCACGGAGGCAGGUUCGUGUUAUGGGUGCAAAUGUGGCUGGUGAUCAACCAGACAAGACGGUGGUUCUUGUGGAUCUGGUACCGAUGCAUGUCAAUUUUGAUAAUGCUACUGCCUUUGCGACAUUUCAAAGCUUGUGGAGCAAAAAAAUUUCUCUAAAACCGUCAGUUUUCGGGGACUAUGAAAUCCUCUAUGUUGUAUAUCCAGGGCUUCCUCCUUCUCCCCCUUCAGCACCGGAAGGUGUUGGCAAGGGUGCAUUUGGCAACAGCAGAAAUGGAAGGGCAAUGAAGCCUCUUGGGGUUGAUGUAAGAAGACCCAAAAGAAAAGUGAAUGGGAGCCUAAUUGCCAUUGCUGUUUUGUCUACAGUUAUAGCGUUGAUUAUUUGCACCCUGUCUGCAUGGUUGCUGAUAAUCAGAUUCAGGGAUUCAGAUGACAUGGCUCAACAAUUUCCUCAUAGUGCAAUUCCGAAGUUUUCCAGAUCUUCCGGGACAUGCCACACACUGUUAGCUGGUCGCUGUAGUUCACCGUCAGGUCCAUCAGGUUCGCUGGGGUCAAGCAUGGCAACAUACGCAGGACAUGCAAAGACAUUCAAAUUCACUGAGAUUGAAAAGGCUACAAAUGGCUUUGAUGAUUCAACGGUACUUGGAGAAGGUGGCUUCGGGUGUGUCUACCAGGGCACACUUGAAGAUGGAACACGGGUCGCAGUAAAGGUUCUGAAAAAAUUUGAUUGCCAAGGUGAACGGGAGUUCUUGGCUGAGGUUGAGAUGCUGGGACGCUUGCAUCACCGAAAUUUGGUCAAGUUGUUAGGCAUAUGCAUCGAGGAGAAUGCACGGUGUCUGGUAUAUGAACUUAUUCCAAAUGGCAGUGUUGAGUCCCAUCUGCAUGGAGCGGAUCGUGAUAUAGCUCCCCUUGAUUGGAAUGCCCGAAUGAAGAUAGCCCUGGGGGCAGGGCGGGCACUUGCAUAUCUACAUGAAGAUUCAAGCCCUUGUGUGAUUCAUCGUGAUUUCAAGUCAAGCAACAUACUGCUAGAGCACGACUUCACUCCAAAAGUUUCUGACUUUGGACUUGCUAGGACUGCGAGAGGGGAGGGAAACCAGCACAUCUCCACUCGUGUCAUGGGCACAUUCGGCUAUGUUGCACCGGAGUAUGCCAUGACGGGGCAUCUUCUUGUCAAGAGUGAUGUAUACAGUUAUGGUGUCGUACUACUUGAGCUCCUCACAGGUAGAAAGCCUGUCGAUAUGUCUCAGCCUGCAGGGCAAGAAAGCCUAGUCUCAUGGGCUCGCCCAUAUCUGACGAAUGUGGUGAGCUUACGCCAAGCUGUCGAUCCGCUUCUUGGCCCUAAUGUACCACUGGACAAUGUGGCAAAAGCAGCUGCUAUUGCAUCAAUGUGUGUGCAACCUGAAGUUGCACACCGGCCAAGUAUGAGUGAGGUCGUGCAGGCCUUGAAACUUGUCUGCAGCGAGGGUGACGAGGUUCUUGGUUCGGCAAGUUUCAGCGAGGAAUUGGCGGCUCAUACUACCGCGGUUUACGAUGUAACUGGCAUGGAAGCGGAAAGGGUGCUAUUAUCUGAGAUGUUUGGAUCAACCCCUGUCUUCACUCCAGCUCCUGAUUCAGGUUCUUUCCGCAAGCAGUCCAGCUCAGGCCCUUUGAUGACAGGCAAGAACAAGAAGUUCUGGCAGAGAUUGCGAAGCUUGUCAAGAGGUAGUAUGAGCGAGCACGGCGCUUCGCCAGAUUUUGAGACGCGCUCACAGUGUAGCAAUAGAUGAGGCUUUUUUCUGUUCAUCUUCCGGUCUCGAGAAGGUGAAUAUUCAACUGAUUGGACGUAAAAAGAGUUUUCAAGGCCUAAUUUGUUGUACAUUAAGCAUGUGGGGAGAAAGGCUAUAUACACAGUUCAGGACCAGCAGAGUACCAGGCCGCAGCAUGAGUUUUUAGAUCACAGGAAGCUUUAAUAAGAUAUGCUCGGACUCAAUGGGCACUGCUAUGCACAGAUACACCUGCCUUUCGUCUCACACUGUUUCUCCUUUUCAGCAUUCCAGUUUGAGUUAGUCUGUUUUUCCUUUUUGUUUGGUUUAGCCGUUUGGUAGGAAUUGUUGAUGUACAGAUUCAGAUUGCAUUUGGUCAUGUGGAUUUCAACUCCCUGUACACUAGCAUUUGCAGAAAUAGCUUCUUUGCGCCUUGUUGAUUCAGACCUCUUUUCCGAUUAAACUAUGUAGUGCAGCUCUGAAAGGGUGGCUUCAGUUCUCUCUUUCCUCUAGUCUGUGGUCUGUGGAUAUAUAUUUUGAAGAAAGAAUUUCAUUGCUCUCCA